AAUAACUUAUCCAAAUGACCCAAAUGACCAUAACCAGAAGGCUAAGCCUUCCCUCGGCGAGCUACGGCAGAGCGGGCUCACUCUCUUCUCUUCUGCAUCAAAGCCACAAACCUCUCUCCUUUCUCCGCCCUCCUCUCUCCUUCCUCGCCCCUCGUCCAGUUCGCUUCGGCUCCAUUCUUCCAGUUCAAAUCCAUUACCCAGUUGCAGGCAACCAUAACUCCCAUUUAGGCACUGAAAAUCCGCAUUCUUCAUUGAGUCAGCAACUUGGAAGAUUGAUGGAAUUGUCAAAGGAACCUCAAGAGUUAAUUAGGAGCCUUUAUUCGCAAAUAGAACCAUACAGUUCAGGAUUUCUGAAGGUCUCAGAUGUCCAUACACUAUACUGGGAACAGUCCGGAAAUCCAUCAGGGCAUCCAGUUGUUUUUCUUCACGGGGGACCAGGAGGUGGAACUUCUGCAAGCAAUAGACAGUUCUUUGAUCCUGAAUUUUAUAGAAUUAUUUUAUUCGACCAGCGAGGUGCAGGAAAAAGCACACCACACGCUUGUUUAGAGGAAAACACGACCUGGGACUUGGUUAAUGACAUUGAACUGCUUAGGGAACACUUGCAGAUUUCAGAAUGGCAGGUUUUUGGUGGAUCUUGGGGAAGCACUCUGGCACUUGCAUACAGUCAAAAGCAUCCUGACAAAGUCACUGGCCUAAUUCUUAGAGGAAUAUUUUUAUUGAGGAAGAAGGAGCUUGAUUGGUUCUAUGAGGGUGGUGCUGCUACCAUCUUCCCAGAUGCAUGGGAGCCCUUCAGAGAUUUCAUUCCUGAAAGCGAAAGGGGCUGUUUCAUUGAUGCUUAUCACAAAAGGCUAACUUCCGAUGAUACUCAUACAAAGGUAAUGGCUGCCAAGAUUUGGUCAACAUGGGAACUAACAACUGCACAUCUCAUUCCAAAUGAAGAGGCCAUCAAUAAAGGCACUGAUGACCAUUUUGCAUUGGCAUUUGCUAGGAUUGAAAGCCAUUAUUUUUUCAACAAAGGGUUUUUUCCUUCUGAUUCACAUCUUUUGGAUAAUAUUGAUAAGAUUCGGCAUAUUAAGACUAUUAUUGUGCAGGGAAGAUAUGAUGUUUGUUGCCCUAUGGUGUCUGCUUGGGAUCUUCACAAAGCAUGGCCGGAGGCUGAGUUGAAGAUUGUACCUGAUGCUGGCCAUUCUGCAAAUGAAGAUGGCAUUGCAGCUGAGCUAGUGGCAGCCAAUGAGAAAUUCAAGAACAUUUUGAAGGGCGUCGGCAUAUGAGUUCAAUUUUCUUAGAAAUGAUAUUUCUUUCUUAGAUUUAAAUAAGAAUUUGAUUCUUAAUAUGACAUAAUGGAGAAAAAUAAUUCAUAUAAUAGGAUAAAAGGCUUGAUAUUAUUGUUGUUUUAUUCGCUUGAUUGGGCUUCACAACUUCUAGUAAGCCAGUCUUUCUAUUAUUGUGCAUAUUUCUAAUAAAAUUGCAGACACCUUAGCAAUGCAUGAAUAUUUCAAAUGGAAUGGAUUGUCGCAUCAUUUGAAUAUCAUAUUGCUAACUUUGUUUCA